AUGAGAGAGACGGAGGGAGGGAGACAGCUUCAGGAAUGCUGUGAUGUCAUCAGCCAAGUCAUACACACACAGAGGAGGACCCACAGGCGCUGUGACUCUCCCAGCUUAGUUAGCAUACUGUGCUGUGGAGCGGCUGUCUACAUCCCACUAUAAUCCCAAUGAUGACCCCCAAAGACAAAGAAAACUGACAUCUCAGCAGGGAGGAGAAACUGUCAGCACAGCACAGACAGGAAGCAGGAUUUUGUGUGUGUGUGUGUGUGUGUGUGAAUGAGUGAGUGUGUGACUGUACAGUAUGUACAUAUCCCUGUCUGUAAGGAUAAGCACGUGCCCUGAUUGCUGAAGAAGACACUUUCUGGGGUUACCAAAAGUUAUCCUAAAAACAGAAACCAUUAAAAGUCGUCCAACGACAUGCGAUUAUAAAACAACACUGUCCACUUCGAGAAGCUGCUGGCCAAAGGACAGCAUCCCCUUUGUCCAACCGCCUGUCCUGCCCGUCAGCCAACAUGCUACAGCAGAUUUUAAAGGACAUGUACAUCGACCCCGAUGUGCUGAACGCUCUCAACGAGGACCAGAAGAAGACUCUGUUCUUGAAAAUGCGCCAGGAGCAGGUGCGGCGCUGGAAAGAGCGGGAGGAGAAGCUGGAAAGAGACGGAGGGGACGCUGAGUGCAAGAGAGCAAAGCCGAAAAAAGCCAACAGCAAGAAUGUGAGCUGGCUCCUGGGCCGAGACGGAGAUGUGGCGGUCAUUGUGAUCGGAGAGGUGGACGAGCUGAGCUCCAAAUUCAUCUGCUCAGGACUCGGAGAGAAGAAGACGCCAAGUCUCCAGAACAAUACAAUCUGUCAGACGAUUUUAAAGAGCAGAAAAACCACAGAGACCACCAGAGCUGAAAGAGAGAACCUUCCUCCUAAAACACAACCUGGGAUUGCACUUAACCUGAAGGCCAAAUGUGAGGAGACGAGCACUUUACACCCUCUGCCGAUGUCAGUGAGUGAGCAUUCAUCAUCUCCAGCAGCAGAAAAGCUGAAGUCAGACAGUGCAGUUGUGGAGAAGUCAGUUCCCCAGCCUACCACCACCACCAUCUGCUCAGGGCCUCCCAUGAGAACGAGCCCUGUCAGUGUGAGACCGGCCUCUGCAAAUGCAACGCCGGGUUCUGUCAACACGGGACCCGGCCUCGUGAGUCUGAGGCUGGCCUCGGCUGUGGCGUCCCCUUCACCAAGCAGCACCGUCAAAAAAGAGUCUGAAGCGACAGCACCAGCAAAACUCCUGCAGCGCUCGCAGGGGCAAAAGAAAACCCAGGAAACACAGGCUGGGAAAGAUGUUGGUUCAUCAGAAACCGUUCGUCAGAUACCACGGGAGAGCGCUGUGUCAUCAGAGAGCACCCCGACCUGCGCAGGGCGCGGCCGGGUGGCUCAGCUGAUGAAAACAUUCAGUGUUGAAGGAUCCACACCCCCCACACAAACCCCCUCCCGCAGCAUCAAGCCCCCUCUCCCCACCAAGCCCAGCCACCUGCGUCUGACCACCACGCCCUCUGUCAGGUAAUCCUCCACACUGACGCCCACUCAUCUUCAUCCCGAAAGCAGCCACACUGGACGAUAUUGGACGCCUAAUAUGGAGCCUCUGCAGAGUGGGCUGAUGGGAUUGAGAGCUCCAAAGGUGGCUCUCUCUUUUUGCUAUCACUCCCAAAGCACAGAAAUGGAGAUGCUUGAAUGUAACAGUGUUCUCUUUAUUUUUGGAGUACUGUAAACACUAUUAGUGGGAAGGAAAUGCCAAAAUUGUAAAUGUAUCUGUAUAAGCAGGGUGUUGAUGACUAUCACACAUAUUCACUUGUUUGUUUGACACUUCUACUUAUUUGAACAUGUGAAAAAUGCACAAAAUACAUUCACGCAGGGCCUGAUUCAGAACAAAUGGAUGGUGAUCCCUGGUAUCAACUGUGUCUGCUAUCUGCUCUGUUUUGAGGUCCAAUUCACAAAGCUUAACGUGCUGAUGACAUACAAGAGCAAAGAAGCCUUUAGAAUUUUUCUGCUCUGUGUGGUGCCUUUUGUACCUUUCCUGCAGCUGGAACAACCCUAGAACACCCACACCUGUGUGGGUACGCAAAUGCUGAGUUUAACCUGUGGCAGCCCUGGACUGAUUAGACCCCUAAUUUUUAGAACAGAAGUAAUGUUAUAGUAAUAUUCACUGACUUUGUUUCAAGAUUAUUUAUAUUCACAUCGUAGAGAGGACAAACUUUGUUUUCAUCAGUGGAAACUGCAUGUCUUUUUGACAACACUAUAAUAUAAUGUGGUGCAGUUACUGCCAACUCGCAGCACAUGGUAAAAUUUUCACUCCAAUGUGCGCAGCUUAUAGUGUUAUUUUGCAAGUUUAUUUACAUAGACAGGCACCAAUUUUGCACCAAUUGACUGAAUAAAUGGAUCAUGAAGAUAUAAGUAAACAGAGGUGCAAUUCAGUGCAGGGCAGUUACCACUAACUCGCAGCACGUUGCUUUUUUGUGAGGCUCAGUUGCAUAGACAAGCCAAUUCUGCACAAAAUACAGGAUAAUGGAUAAUUUAGAUAAACAUAAACUGAAUUGAAUUUAGUGUGGCACAGAUACCACCAACUUGCAGCAGAUGGUAAAGUUAUAACUCAGACUGUGCGGGGCUAAUAGAGGUCAUUUUCAAUCUGGUUCAUCUGCAUAUACGGGACAAUUUCGUACAAAUUGACUGAAUAUAUGGAUUGUGUAAAUGCAUGUAAUUUUAUUUCAGUGCAGCGCAGUUACCACCAACUCACAGAGGGUAGUAAAAUUUUCACUCUGACUGCAUGUGGUUAAAAGAAGUUUUUUGCACUGAGGUUCAGUUGCAUAGACAGGAGCCAAUUUUGCACAAAAAGACUAGAUAAUGGGUCAUUUAGAUAUACACAAACUAACUGGGAUUUAGUGUGGUGCAGAUACCACCAACGCGCAGAAGGUGGAAAAGUUAACACCCUGUACGUGGAGAACAGAGGUAUUUUGCAACCAGAUUCAGCUGCAUAGACAGGGGACAUCCACAUGGACUAUGUAAUGUGUCAUGUAAAUUUACAGAAACGGGGGACAGUUUAGUGCAUCUCAGUUAACACCAUCUUGCAGCAAAUUUCAAAAUUUUAACUCUUAACUGAGCAUAGCUAAUACAUGUUGUGCCAACAUGUUCAUUUGCAUAGACAGGGGCCAAAUUUGUGCUAGGUAACUGCAUAAUGGGUCAUUUGGAUAUGCAUAGAAAAAAGUAAUUCAGUGCAACACAGAUACUAUCUCACAGUGUAUGUGUACAAACGAGCCAAUUUUAAACCUGCCAAAAGGCCUAUUUAGAUGUACAUAAACUGAGGCGCACUGUAUGGGUGCUAAGUCCGUGGCUUUUACUUUGUGAAUUGGACCGUUUUUUGUGUCAUUUGCACAGAUAGCGGGCGCAAAUUCCAUGCAGUCCUACAGCAAAUCAGGCCCACAGUUUCUUUUCAGUCCAAUUUUUAAACCCUGCACACACAAUAUUGGUUCCUUACCAAUAUCAUUAUUUUCAUCGCUGGUUGUCGAGGCUCAGUAUUUGAGGUUCAUGACAAAAGAAUGGCCAUGGGACGGCCUAACGGGGUGAAAGGAGGCUCAGUUGGGUCCUCCUUCAUCUUGCUGUCUCUACUCUGGGACUAGUGCAGGGUUGUUUAUUUGUCACAAUGCAGUGUAUGUCUCCCUGUGCCACCUGGCAGGAGCCUCUCUGCGACCUGUUGUGGACCAAUGACAGUGCCAAACGCCUCGUCUGUCUCUCCCGGCGGAUCAAGUUAAACAGUUGCUGCCAAACGAUCCAGCUCUGUUGCUCUUCUCCAUUUUUACUGAGUGCUGUACAAGUGAUGUGUGGUUGUUUUUUAUGUUUUUAUACACUUUUUAAAGGGACGAAGAUGUUUGUAAUGGGAUAUUUAAUGUUGCUACAAUGCUGACUUUUUAAAAUUUAUGUCCAGCUUGUAUGGUGCAAUCAAAGAAACAAUAAAAUUGUCUGAAAGUCUUUCUCUUUUAA